GAUUCUCGCCAAUCUCGGACCAACCUUGAAUCAUUACUGUAGUCUUGCCAAUUGGGAUCUGUUUAUACGUUACCACUACUUUGAAUUAUCCUUUGCAGAGAUAUUGCAGAGAUAUUGCAGAGAUAGUAUUCGAGAUUUCUCCUCAGCAUUAAAUCGUACGAUGGAUGUCGCGUACAAGCAACACGCCAACCAGGCACGUCGAAAAAACAGAUCAUCUACGAACCUCCACCACCUCUCUCUCGCGCCCCUCACGUCCAAGUUUCCCCUGACCGACCCCGAAGACCUCCCCGAUUUUGAAGUAUCUGCGUUUCAACAUAAUGUUUCCUACCUUCAGGGGAAAUCCGCCCCUACCACACCUAGGCUCUUGCAGUCCCCUUCUCGAACGCGAGCCAACUCACCUAGCCGCCGUCGCGCAUCCGCCCAUGACGUCUUGAAUGCGAAUCUUCCAAAAAGCAAAUCUACGACCCAUCUUACUGCAUCGCAUGCAAGACGCACUGGCCUAGGCCCAUCAUCUCCUCUUCCACGUCAUCACGCAUUGCCCAACGCUAAAGAGGGAGGCGACAACGAUUGGGUACUGCGUACAGGGGCUUUGAUUAGCUCCGGCACGCGAGAGUCCAAAGGCCAGGCCUGGCUUAUCUCAAGAGAAAGCUCAACUAGUCUAACUGGCAUGCAUAACGUGGAAGACGAAGCUUAUGAGAGAGAACUUGCCCGGGAAAGAGAACUUGCGAGCAGACGGAGCAGUCGUCGAGGUAGUCUGACAAACGCAGAGGAGGAUGUUUUUCCCUUGACCAGUCGUCAUGGAAGCCGAUCACAUAGCAGGAUUGGAAAUAUAACCCAUCUAAGGACGCCCGGCGAGCGCAGUGCACAGGAUGGUUAUUUCGGUCAAGAAGUGUCUGGAGAAGAAUCCAUACAAGGGCCGGAUUUCGUAGGGCUAGACGAGAAGCUUGAAUCUUUCGAGCUAGAUACAAGCAUAGAGGACGAGGCAGCUGUGCGAAGACUGGUUUAUAGAAAGAAUGGGGGAGUGGGUUCGUGGAUGUGGUCUUUAUUUUCUGUUGAGGAGAACGACGAAGAUUCGGAUGCUGCUGAUGGAGACUUGUCCGAUGGCGAGACAGAAGGAAGCCAUCUUCCACGAAGUGCAAGCACCGCGGAUUUCGAAGGCUUCUCUAAUGUUCCAGAGGAACGAAUCCCACCGCCAAAGCUAGACGAAGGUGGUUGGCAAGAUGCGGCAUGGCUUUUGACAGUAGCAUCCAAAGUGUUGCUAUAGGACCCAAGGCUGGCUUGCUGGCAAUUCUCUGCGGAGAAUACGAUUCACUAAGAUGGCAUGGCAUUUCAUGCUAUAAUACCAUGUCCAUAAGCGGGCCAAACGCAUAAUGUUGACAGCUGACUGUCGCGUUUGAUAGUAACACCGCAGCUGCGCUGAGAAGCCACUCCACGACGGAAGCUUGCUUCCUUUGGGCGCAAGAAAAUUGGAUAUACAUAUAUAUGGGCCUAGCAAUGAUAAUCCGCUACUAAGAAUAGAGUAUAGUCUUUUCCCCUUUAGAUUGCCAACCUGCCCUUGAUUUUUGGGUUGGGACCUAUAGGGAUGUCUGAUGCGUAUGUCAGAACCACGACGGCCUAAGGCCCGGGGAUCCCGCUAAAGAAUGACAGCCCAAGCAGAAUAGCUGCAAAUCAGAGCACAAACCAAGAUAACCUACGUAUCACAGGAGUGUUACGGAUAUGUCUCCCUUGCUAUGAUUGUGCAGCCCGACAUCUCUAACCUGGAUGGGCC